CCUAAGGGUAGGAGGAAAGGCGGGGGUGUAGUGGUAGAGGGGAGCCACUGGUAGCUCCAAGAGGCUCCAAGAGGCACCUAACAUAAAUAUCAUCACUACAAACCAACCCCUCCCUUGGUCCAGUGAGCAGCCUCGCUCAGGUGCCUUCGCAGGAUAACCUUCUGGGCAUGCCCGAUUGCUGCUUCCCACAGCAUAUAAACUGCCCAAAAGGAAACAACCCAUAUUCAGCAUUCGAGAGGCUAAUCCAAAAUGAAGGCUUUCAUUGUCCUCCUGCUGGGAGCGGUCCUGUGGUUGGACUCAGGUUCUUCUUUGCAGUGUUACAGCUGCACGGCACAGCUCAGCAACUCCAACUGUCAGAAGAAAGUGGACUGCAAGGAUAAGGAAAUAUGCAAGACGGAAGUGUUCAGGGCUGCAACGCUUUUCAGCAUCAUCAACAAGGGCUGUGACUCAUCAUGUGAACCACUCUAUCAGGACAUGGGCGUAGGCAGCAGGAACGUCUCCUGCUGCAGCAGCAACCUCUGCAAUAUCAAUGCAGCAGGCAGCGUGAGGUGCAGCUAUGGGAUGGCAGCAGGGAUCACAGCCAGCGUGCUCUGGAUCUUCCUGAACAACAAACUCUGAGGAGAACAGAGGACUCCCAUGAGCACAGCAAGUCUUGGAGCACCCCUCUUCUGAUAGGAAUUGUAACUGGGAGCAGAUCAGUGUGUUGGGCACACAGCAUCCUUGGAGCUGAUGGCAGAUCUUUGCCGUAUGAUAGCUUCUUCAUUACUGUUAUUGUAUUGUAAUGCUACCAAAUAAGAAAAUACAUGUCCAUGCUAUCUGCAUAAUAUCUAAAUAUACUUCUUUCUGAACCAAG